AUGUCAAUGUCAAAUAACUUUGAUCAUCCAAUGAUUGACUGGAAUAGUCAUGAUCUGUACCAAGAAUUUUGCAGAUUCAAAACCCAUGUUCAGUUUAUUUUUGAUGGACCGUUAGCCAAAUUGCCUGCAGCUGAGAAAGCCGGAUGGCUUGGAACAUGGAUAGGACAUGAAGGAAGAGAAAUCUACAAAACUCUGACUUGGGAAGAAGAAGAGAAAAAAGAUCCUUUUGCUGUUUUGGCUAAUUUUGAGAAAUAUGUGAGACCCAGAAAGAAUAAAAGAAUUAAUCGACAUAAAUUGAUGCGACGUAAACAGGGCUCAUCAGAAUCGUUUGACAACUUUGUUAAAGAUUUGAAAAUCAUUCUAAUGGAUUGUGAAUAUGCUGAUUCAGAUGAUAUUCUAAUUGACUGUAUUAUUGAUGGUGUGCAUGAGAAAAAACUGCAAGAAAGACUUUUAGAUAAAGGAGAAGAUCUAACACUAGCUAAAGCUUUGGAAAUUGGUCAGCAGUAUGAACUUGCACAAAAGCAAAUACGUAUAGUACGAGAUGAAGAGGAUUCUUCAGUCUCCAGAAUUGCACAAAAUCCUUGUCGUCAAUCAAAUUUCAGUUAUUCGGACAAGAAGCAAAAAUCAAAGAAUGCAUCAUUUGACCGCAAAUAUGACAAAAAAUGUUCUCGCUGUGGAACCGAUAUUUCACACAGUCGUUAUAAAGGUAAUUGUCCUGCAGUUGGGUCACAAUGUUCUUACUGUAAAAAACCUAAUCACUGGAAAGCAGUCUGUCGUCGACGUACGAAAAUAAAUUCUGUCAAAACAGAAUCUGAAACAACAUCUGAAAAUAAUGAUGAAAUGUCGUCAAUGAAUUCAAUGGAAUCUGAACCACAAGUUGUUGACUUACACGCAUUGAAUUACAAAAAGCAUAGCCAUGGAAAAUGGUAUGUAACACUGUUCUUAAACAAAAGUCCACUGAAUUUUAGAAUUGAUACCGGAGCUGGUUGUAAUACAAUAACUCUGUCAGAUUACAAUAAUAUGUCAGAUAAAGGCAUACAGAAAAAGUCUACUAAAUUGCUGCGAAGUUACACAAAUCACUGUUCUAAACCAGUAGCAUCAGUUGAUUUCAAUAUCAGUCACAACAAUAAAAAUGUUAAAGCUACAUUUGAAAUUGUGAAAUUUAAACAAGAAAAUGUUAUAUCAGGAGAUCUUGCUGAAGAGCUGAACUUGAUCUCAAGACUACAGCCAUUAGAUAUAACAUCUGAUUUGACAAAUGAAACACUCAGAGAAUUUCCUGAAAUGUCAAAUACUAGUGGUACACUGCCUGGAGAGUACACUAUCAAACUUGUUCCGAAUGCUAAAGGUGUUGUACAUGCAGCCAGAAGACAACCAGUUGCUUUGAAAAUAAAGAUAAUCGAAAAGCUCAAUGAAAUGGAAAGAAAUGGCCACAUUACUAAGGUUGAACAGCCAACAGAAUGGGUUAGUUCAAUGGUAGUGUCUGUUCGAAAAGAUAAAUUGCGCAUUUGUAUUGAUCCAUCCGAUCUUAAUAAAGUAAUAAAAAGAGAGCAUCAUCCUAUGAAAACGAUCGAAGAAGUAGUUUCUGAUAUACCAGAUGCUAAAGUAUUUUCUGUACUAGAUGCAAAGAAUGGAUUCAUGCAAAUUAAGCUGGAUGAAGCAUCAUCAUUUUUAACAACAUUCAAUACUAUUGCUGGGAGAUAUCGUUGGUUACGUCUUCCAUAUGGUUUGGUUUGUAGUCCAGAAAUUUAUCAACGAAUUAUGGAUAGAAUGUUAGAAGACAUUCCUGGAGCUGUUGCUAUAAUGGACGAUAUUCUAGUCACUGGACGGGAUAUUAAACAUCAUGAUGAGAUCUUGAAAAAGGUUAUUCAAAAAGCAACAAACUAUAAUUUAAGUCUGAAUUUCAAAAAAUGCUUGAUUCGAAAAAAUGAAGUACCAUACAUUGGUCAUUUAUUAACUUCUGAAGGUUUGAAAGCGGAUCCUGCAAAAGUUCAAGCUGUACGCAAUAUGCCAGAACCAAAAGACAAGUCUGACGUAAAAAGAUUUCUGUCUUUUCUGAACUAUUUGUCAAAAUUCAUACCGAAAUUUAGUGAAGUUGAUGCACCACUCAGAGAACUGCUAAAAGAGAAGGUUGAAUUUAGUUGGCAAUCUGCACAAAAAGAGGCAUUCUGUAAAUUGAAAGAACUUUGUUGUAAACCGCCUGUUCUGAAAUACUAUGACGUCACAAAACCAGUUGAAAUUCAUUGUGAUGCUAGUCAAAAUGGCCUAGGUGCUGUUCUGUUGCAAGAUGGACGACCAAUUGCUUACUCGUCAAGAGCAAUGACUGAUACUGAAAAGCGAUAUGCUCAGAUAGAAAAAGAGCUAUUGUCAAUUGUCCAUGCUUGUAAGAAAUUUCAUUGCUAUAUUUUUGGAAAAAGAGUCACAGUAUACAAUGACCAUAAACCUCUCGAAAUGAUUGCAAAGAAACCUUGGUUGUCAAUACCAAUGAGGUUACAGAAAAUGUUCAUGAAUUUGCAAUGGUAUGAUCUGGAAAUAAAGUAUCGAAGAGGCGUAGACAUGAUUUUACCGGAUACUUUGUCUAGAGCCUUCUUAACGGAUAAGUCAUCAGAAAUUUAUGGAUUGGAAUAUAUAAAUAUGAUGGAUUUUAUUUCAGUAUCCAAAGAAAAGUACUUGGAAUUACAAAAGUUGACAAAGGAAGAGCUCAGCUUUCUGCAAUUGACCAUACAAAAUGGAUGGCCAGACACGAGAAAAGAAUUGGAUGUUUCACUUCGUCCAUUCUGGGAUUCUCGCAGUGAACUUGCUGUUUUAGAUGGCAUUAUCUACAAAGGUAUGAGAAUUGUCAUUCCCCCCAGUAUGCAGCAAUAUGUUCUCAAACUUGUUCAUGAGUCACACUUGGGCAUUGUUAAAUGUAAACAAAGAGCUCGUGAGGUGUUCUUUUGGCCAUCAAUGAACUCUGAUGUAGAACAGUUAGUAAAAUAUUGUUCAAAGUGUGCAACUUAUCAGAAAGCACUUUCUAAAGAACCACUUAAUCCAUCAAUUCCGCCUACAUUGCCAUAUCAAGAAAUUGGAACUGAUUUGUUUGAAUUUGAAGCAAGAAAUUACAUAAUAACAGUUGAUUAUUAUUCUAAAUUCAUUGAAGUUGACGAGCUUCGUGAUAUUUCAAGUAAAUCUGUAAUAAAUGCUCUGAAGUCUCAAUUUUGCAGACAUGGAAUACCAAUCUUAAUACGUUCUGAUACUGGAAGUCAGUAUAAUUCUGAUGAAUUCAGAAAGUUUUGUAAAGCAUAUGGUAUUGAACAUAAAAUGUCAAGCCCGUACUUUCAAAGUAGUAAUGGAGAAGCAGAGCGAUGUAUUCAAACUGUCAAAAAUCUGUGGAGAAAAUGUGAAGACAAGCAUCUUGCAUUACUUGACUAUAGAACAACUCCACUGGAAGGAAUUGGUUUAUCACCUGCACAACUUCUGAUGGGUAGACGCACAAGAAAUACAUUGCCCAUAGCUACUGCUUUGCUCGCUCCAUCAUUUUUUGAUCGAAAUGAAGUACAACGUAGAAUGGCAUUAGAGAAAGCCAAACAAAAAUACUAUUAUGACAAAUCAAGUAUGAUAGAGCAUGAUGAACUGAAAAAGGGAGAUGAUGUCAGGAUGUCACCAUUACCUGGUUCUAAACAAUGGAAACCUGCUGUUAUAAUUGAUCAUCAUCAAAACCCAAGAUCAUAUAUUGUUCAAUCGAAUGGAAGAAAAUACAGAAGGAAUAGAAAGCAUCUUAGAAAAUCUACAAACAUUGCCAAUAAAAAUGCUCAUCAUUAUGAUUCUGAUUAUGAUCCCCAUGUUGAUUCUGAUAAUGAAAAUACCCACAGCCCACCUCCUAAUAAUAGGCACAGAGCAACAGAUAACCACAAUGCUACAUUGCGAAAUAAUCAGAGAGAUAACAGAUACUAUGUUACUAGGCGUGGUCGGAUUAUACAUCCUCCAAAUAGGCUUAAUCUUUAA